CAUCGGCCCGGAGCGCUUAAUGGAGCUCGAGGGACGAAUGAAGGAACCGCCGAAGCAGUUAAGCCAAUCAGCAGGUCGAAGGUCGUGCUGCAUCUUCCGGGUCCCGCAGAGCCUUGCUGAGAUCAACGAGAAGGCCUACCAGCCACACACAACGUCCAUCGGCCCCUACCACCACGGCAACCCCAAGUUCAACAUGAUCGAGGAGCAUAAGUGGCGGUUCCUUGAUGACCUCCUUCGUUUUAACGGGACCCACCCCCUUGAACUCUUCAAGACCGUCUCACGCAUGGAGGAAUCCAUCCGGGAAAGCUAUUCUGAGUAUCUCAACUACGACAGUUAUGAACUCGUCGAGAUGAUGGUUGUUGACGGGUGCUUUAUCAUCGCGUUGUUCUGCGAGGUAGAGGGCGUUAUCCCUCCCCGCCAGGAUGAUCCGCUGUUCAAGAUGACAUGGGUCCUCCCAUUCCUAAUGCGAGACCUACUCCUGCUCGAGAACCAGAUCCCUUACUCUGUUCUUGAAGCCCUCUAUGAGCUCUGCAUUGGGAAAUUGAGCACCAACACGAACAAUCCCAACAGCAGAAACAGUAGCAGCAGCAGCAACAACCAGAAUGACGGCAACUGCAAUCAUCCCUCCCUAGCAAGACUUGCCCUCAGCUUCUUCGACAAAAUGGCCCUGCGCCGUCCCGAUGUAUUGAAGAAGUACUACGACCACAAGCAGGGAGUGAAGCACCUACUCGACUUAUUUCGAGAUACUUACCUUCCCCCAACCCAGGAAGUCACUAGCCGCAACUGCAAGAGCGAGUACCAGCAAUUAAUCCAGUGCUCGAGGAAGCUUCAUCUUGCUGGGGUCAAGUUUAAGCUAAGGCGGUCUGAGUCGUCUGACAGCUUCCUUGACAUUAAAUUCAAGAAUGGCGGGCUCGAGAUUCCUAAAUUCACGAUUGAUGACUUAUCAAGCUCGUUGUUCCUCAACUUUGUCGCUUAUGAGCAGUGUUAUAGCAACUGCACGAAGCACAUGACCUCCUACGCAACCUUCAUGGGGUGCCUUAUUAGCAACCCAAGCGAUGCCGGGUUCCUCUGUGACCGUAAGAUAGUGGAGAAUUACUUCGGGACGGACGACGAGGUUGCCCGGUUCUUCAACAAAGUGGGGAAGGACGUUGUGUUUGACAUAGACCAGAGUUACCUGUCUGAGGUUUUCGAGGAUGUGAACGAGUACUGCCAGAAUGAUUGGAAGGUGGGGUGGGCUGAAUUCAAGCAUACUUACUUCGGAACACGAUGGUCCUUCAUCUCAGCCUUAGCAGCGGUAGUUCUUCUGGUUCUCACCAUGAUCCAGUCCUUUUUUGCUGCCUAUGCGUACUUUUGGCCUCCCAAGUAGUUGACGUCUACAGAUGCUUUCAUUUGGAUGCUGGAUUUGUAUGUUUAGCAGUGUGUUGUUUCUGUUAGUGUGAAAACACAGUCGUAAGCGUAAUAUAUUUGCUUUCUAGGCUACUGUAGUUUGUGAACUUUGAGAGCUUCCGAAAUGAUUCGGACCUCAAGCUCUCGGUAACAACACGAGAUAAUGAAUCCACCUUGAGAAUUAUACCCGA